AUGAUUUACAACUUGAUAACGCUUGACAAAGCAAAACCCUGUGUUUCACCAAAGGUUGUAAAAGAGGGCGGCAAUCUCUGCAUUAGGGCAGAUUUUUCUUCUUUCAGUUCCCUGCUCCGUUAUCUUACUACUAGGGCAUCGUACUCCUACGAUGAAGCUUCGGGCCAGAUCCGAUCUAACACUUCGGAAGACGAUUUUCUCCAUUCAUUUGCCAUUCUAAUCAAUACAUUUGACCCUGAUGUUGCCAGUGGCAAAAAGUCAACGCAUAGUGAAAAGAUUUCGUUGGACUCUAUAGAUCUUAGCCGCCAAGCAGCACUUGUUAAGGCCCACUUCCACCACCUCAGUCCAGUGGUUAUACAAUAUUCUGAUCCAGAAGGUGCUGGACCUGCUUGGAAGGCUGCUUGUAGUGAAGCGAAGACGAGAACGGCCGGUAUAGACCCUUAUCUGAGAUCAAGAUUAACUCGUGUGCGGUUGUGGACAGAAGUGCAUCCAAUUUAUGAGCCAAGCGAACAUCCCAACAAGUCUCUCCCUGAGCUUCCCUCGGAGUUGAAUACCAUGCAACGAUGUAAAGAUAAUGUUUUCACAGAAACUGUUCCAUUAGACGAAUAUCAACUUUUUGUCGAUCUGUUAUCGAAGGAAAUUCCUUAUACAGACUACUUGAAAUUGAGAGAAUCAUCAUUCGAUUAUUCAGAAUUAAUCCAUAAAUGGGGUUUUGCUGCGGUGGACCUGACUAUUGAUGAACUUUUACGCUGCGCAUAUAUCAUGAUUGAUACUUCUAUUGAUCUCCUUACUGCUUCAUACCCACAUUUGUCACAUUUGAUGCCUAAACAUCGAUUGUGGAGUUUCAUUUUCCACCUUAGAGAUAACUACCGAUUGGGAAACCCCUUCCAUAAUUUCAGGCAUGCUACAGACGUAAUGCAGGCCUCUUAUUUUUUUCUUGCCAAGCUGAAAGCGUCGACGUCUUUAUUCAAUACGUUUUCCUCGUUAAAUGCAUUACUUUUGGUGGUCGCUUCAUUGGGCCAUGAUAUCGGUCAUCCUGCGGUUACGAAUCAGUUUAUGAAUAAGUACGAUGUUCCAGUCGCACAAGCUUUUAACAAUCAAUCUGUACUGGAAAACUUCCAUGUUACUCAGUUCUACCAAAUUUUACAAGUGUACUUCCCUGAUUUGUUAGGAACAAUUGAGAAUAUUGACUGUGGCAAAGUAAUGAAAGAAGCAAUUUUGGCCACAGAUAUGUCAUGUCAUUUUGAAUAUUUACAGAAGGCAAAGGAUACUAAAGACCCGACUAAGAUCUCGUCUUCUCUACUUGUCUGUUUGCUAAUCAAGGCUGCUGAUAUUUCCAACGUUGCACGUCCCCUACCUAUCUCAGUCAAGUGGGGCAUUUCCCUCAACGACGAGUUUGGCGAGCUAGCGCAGUUGGAGCUUUAUUUACAGAAGAAGGCAUUUAAAGAUUUUAGUGCUAGAGAUCCUUUACUGGUUGAUCGUUGGAGAUCGAUUACACCUGAGACUGCUAUCGAAUGGUUCCCAAUGUUAGCAAACUCUCAGUUAUUUUUCAUCAAUACGUUUGGGAGAGACUUUUUCCAUACAAUUGGUAACAUGGCGCCAGAAUUGUCAUUUCUCCCCGCAACUUUAGAUCAAAAUGUUACAUUUUGGGAGGCUAAUAAGUUGCCAACCUCAUCAAGCUGA